AUGCCUUCGCUAGAUGAUCAGUUGCACCUCCUGAAUCUCGACGGGAAAGAUGACUGGGCCAGCAUUGGCGGUCAGCUUCCAGACACCGUAGAAAACGCGGUUCUGCUAUCCCCAGCUGCAGAGAGACUGGGUCAUACCCUGCCAUCGCAAUUUGCCCUGCUCGGCCAUUCCCAGUUAGGACAGUCGACUGCGUACGACCCACGAGUCAUGCUCAAUACCAACGUCCCUUUUUCUGCGUUUAUCUGCGGUCUGCAAGGAAGUGGAAAGUCGCACACGACGUCCUGCAUGAUUGAAAACUGUUCCAUUCCCAUGCCAGCGCUGGGCUCGCUCAAGAAGCCAUUGUCCACCCUGGUUCUGCACUACAAUGAAUACAGUUCCAAUGUCAGCUCCCAACCCAGCGAGGCCGCAUUCCUGUCGUCGGUGCUCCCAGAGUACGCCGCCCAGAAGUCCGUCCCCGUCAGUGUGCUCGUUCCGCCUUCAAACUACCACAACCUCGCCAAGAUGUACGAGCAGAUACCGAAUGUGCAGGUUCGUCCCUUUCGACUGCAACCGCGUCAUCUGAACAUUAGCAUGAUGCUGUCCCUCAUGUCCAUGGGAAAGAGCGACUCGACGCCCCUGUACAUGGCACAGGUGACGCGCAUCCUUCGCGAGAUGGCAGUCGAGAGCGGUGGCUCGUUCAAUUACUUCGACUUCCGGCUCCGCCUCGGAACUCUGCGUCUAGACCGCGCCCAGACUCCAUUCCUCGAGCAGCGGCUGGACCUACUAGACUCAUACCUAAACUUGACAGGCGAGAAUACGGGCGAUUACUUCGUAGACGGGGGAGUCACCAUUCUCGAUCUAUCAUGUCCUUUCAUGGACCAGUCGACCACGUGCAUCCUAUUCCGCGUGGCAAUCGACUUGUUCCUGCACGCGCACCCCUCCCGAGGAAAAAUGAUCGUCGCAGACGAAGCUCACAAAUACAUGACCGACUCACCCGCAGCGAAAGAACUCACAGAAACUUUCCUCAACAUAAUCCGCCAACAGCGCCACCUCGGCGUCCGCACCAUCAUCUCCACCCAGGAACCCACCAUCUCACCACGUCUGAUCGACCUCUGCUCCAUCACUAUCAUCCACCGCUUCUCCAGCCCAGAAUGGUGGAAGACAAUCCAGCAGCAUGUCCCAGUCGUGAAUGGCAACCGCGACGCCGGCCCAGACGAUGGUCUUUACCAUAUUGCCAGUCUGCGCACGGGCGAGGCGCUCGUCUUCGCGCCGUCGGCGUAUCUGCUUGACGAGGGUCUUGCACUCGCGGAUACAAAGCAUGGGACGUUCAGAAUGCGUGUGCGCAGGAGGAUCACCUGGGAUGGGGGGCGCACUAUUGUGCAUGUUCGUUGA